AUGCCGCCUACGAAUGAGAAGCAGACUGUUCAGGUCUUAGCUUACCAGGGUGGUGACCACACGGACAGCUCUGCUCCUAACAUACAUAAUUCAGAGGCAAGUCCAACGCCUGGGCUACGACAACGUGUACAUCUUGUUACGCACAAAGACAUUGACGACACGACACUGUUUUACAACAAGCACAAGCAUGAUGUUGAGCCCGUCAAACAUGGAGAAGAAAGACGGUUGAAUCAAAAAAACUUUUGGUUCUUGUUGUGCCAGACAUGGUGGAUAGCCUUUUUGAUCCAUCUUGACAAGUCUACGCUAUCCCAAGCCAGUACCAUGGGAAUCUUCAAGGACGUCAAGAUGAGCAAAAAGGAGUACAACGAUCUUUUUGUUCUCUUUUAUACUGGCUACCUCGUUGCGUUGUGGCCCGGUGCUGCGCUUGCGCAACGCAUUGGACACAAGCAGUUUAUCACCGGCUCUUUAUUGCUCUGGGCCCUGUUGCUUGGUAUGCACCCACUAGUCAAGACAGGAAAGCAAAUGAUGGGACUUCGAUUUGUGCUUGGCAUGACCGAAUCCCAAAUUGUUCCGUCGACAACAGUCCUGCAUCAGGCGUUUUUCCCUCCGAAAAAGAGCCCAUGGGUACAACUCCUCUGGUGGGGAUCUGGCAGCUUUGCCAAUGUUCUCUUGACCAUGGUUGCGUACAAACUCAUCAAGGACGACGAAGCUGCAGGGCUAGUCGGCGGUAUUUCUUCGUGGAAGUGGCUUCACAUCAUCUGUGUCAUAUUGACAUUUCUUGUGACGAUCCCUUUGAUAUUCUUUCUACCGAAUAACCCUUCAGAAGCUAAAUGGCUUACGAAAAAAGAAAAGGUUCAAACUAUUAAAAUAAUUCGCGAUACGCACUCCGGUAUUUCGAACAGGACCUUCAAGUGGCCCCAAGUUCGCGAGUGUUUUACAGACAUAAAGAGCUGGUUAUUCAUCACCCACAUGUUCUUCAACGAGUUGCCAAAUAAUACCUCGCAGCAGCUGCCACUCAUCCUUGUUGGCUUUGGCUUUACCCCAGCUCAAAGUGCAUUAUUCAACAUUGCUAAACCUCUUUGGGGAUCAUUUCUUAUUCUCGUUUCUGCAGCAAUGCUGUAUAAAACCGAGCUCGGGGUCGGAUAUACCUGCGCUAUUUCAUACAUACCAUGCUUUGUUGCUGCUCCUUGGUCUAACAAAGUUGCCCUUGUUGUGGGCACUCAAAUCUCAACCUUCAAACCGUCCUAUCUGUUGGGGUUGGCGUGGGCAGGGACGACGACCACAGGAUAUACCAAGAAACUGUGCUUGAUGUCUACCUGCAUUGUCGCAGCGUCCGUUGCAAACAUGAUUUCGCCAGAAUUUUGGCAAGAGAAGUACAAACCCCGAUACUUGUUACCAUGGGGGUUUAUGACAGCAUUCUGGCUCAUUUCACCCCUCAUGUGCCUCAUAAUUCGCUGGUAUCUGGUAAAGCAGAAUAAAAUGCGAGCGCAGGAACUGGGGGAGAUGCAAGGCAGCGGAUCUGAGGCCGAGGGGUUGGAUACGGGCAGUGAGAUUCUGCAAUUGAAUGACCAAGAUUUGGAUCUCACGGACAAGCAAAACCUGCGCUUCGUUUACCCGCUUUAG